AUGCCCACAUUGCCAAGAGAAUUACUAUUCGCAACACAACACCAAGAUUACGCGUUUGGUUUAGACGCAUCUGGUUUGAAAGUAGAGCCGCUAUCAACCGGGGCGGAGCAUUAUGAGGAAAUUGUCCCUCCGCCACCACCUAUUGAUCAAGCAAAUCGUAGCGUUCACGAGAGCGAAGUAGAAAAUCAAAGCAACCCUGAAGGCAACGACCGCAACAGAAAGAUGCGUAAAAAGCCUGCAGUAACUGAACAGAAGAUUAUCGAAAUGGUAGCAAUUUUUCCAUUUUUGGAUACAAGCUGGUGUAUAGUGACCAAGUGGACACGUCACAUGGGCUUUUGCAUAACCUACACAUCAUUGCUAAUGAAAACUUGGCGUGUAUCUUUAACGUAUCGGGUUAAGUCAGCUCAUAAAGUUAAGCUUACUGAUCAGCAGUUGCUGCAAUGGAUGGUGCCCAUAUUAUUGGUAAUGCUUAUUUACUUGGGUACAUGGACAAUAUCCGACACUCCCUUUGCCGAAUUUAUACACGAUCAGAAUGGUUUAAAAUUUAGACAAUGUUCUUACAAUUGGUGGGAUCAUAGUUUGGCUAUCGGUGAGGUAUUUUUUCUGGCCUGGGGCAUACGAGUCUGUUAUAAUGUCCGCAAUGCUGAAUCGUUAUACAAUGAAGCCCGCUUAAUAUCUUAUGCAAUAUAUAAUAUAGCGAUUGUUAAUAUAACAAUGGCAAUUAUACAUCUCUUCAUAUUUCCGGAAGCUGGACCUGAUAUUAAAUAUACUUUAGGUUUUGUACGAACCCAAUUGUCGACCACCACUACCAUAGCUUUAGUAUUUGGGCCAAAAAUUUCGCGAGUUUUUAAAGGUCAAGGAGACAAAUGGGAUCAAAAGGCUAAAGUGCGCAGUAUAACAGCCUCAUUUUCAUUAAAUGGCGUUGGCCUAGUGCCCGAAGAAUCUCCCGAUCUCUAUCAAGAAAAUGAAGAGUUAAAGGAGCAAAUUCAAAAAUUGGCUCAUCAAAUUGAAUUCAUGAAGACUGUGCAUAUGCAGAUCAAUAAUAGACAUUUAAAACCUAAGCCGGGCGGUUAUUUUACAAUAACCUCAACUUCUUUCCAAGCACCAUUUAGUAAAAGUAACAUGUCUUCAACGCAAACACAAACUUCCAAAACUGAGGAAACCCUUAGCGGUUCCGCCUCUAAAGG